CAGCCGCCAGUGAUCCCGAUUCUCCUGCCUCUUCUCUUUUGAAGCCAGUUUCCACUGGAAUCCUUCAUCAUGAGCUUCUGUAUAGCUUCAUUCUGAUUAUAAGGUUGUCCAAAUGUGGGCAGCUAGGAGAUUUCAGAGGCAAUUUUUGAAGAUUUUGCCUCUUUAUGAUAGGGGUUUUUUGAGGAAGGAGGUGCCUUUGCAGUUGGAGGGUAGGAAUCCGAUUAUUUCGGAUUAUGGUAGUGGAAUUAGAUCUUAUGAAGUGCCUUUGUUUGGCUCGGUUAGUGGGAUUCGGAUGAUGUCGACGAUCAGAGGGAGAAGUAUGCGGAGCAAAGUGGAGAAGAGAAUGCGGAGGGAAACAGGGAAAACUAUGAGGGAGGUUAGGCGCGCGAAGAAGUUGAGGAAGAAGUUGAUGACUGAAGAAGAGAGGUUGAUAUAUAACCUAAGAAGAGCUAAGAAAAAGGUGGCUUUGCUUCUUCAAAAACUUAAAAAAUAUGAAUUGCCAGAGCUUCCAGCACCUCGACAUGAUCCUGAGCUACUAACUCCUGAACAACUUCAGGCAUACAAGAAAAUCGGCUUCAGAAACAGAAACUAUGUCCCUGUUGGAGUUCGUGGAGUCUUUGGAGGGGUUGUCCAAAACAUGCAUCUUCAUUGGAAAUUCCACGAGACUGUGCAAGUUUGUUGUGAUAACUUCCCAAAAGAGAAAAUUAAGGAGAUGGCAACUAUGCUUGCUAGACUAAGUGGUGGAGUUGUGGUUAAUAUACAUAAUGUGAAAACAAUUAUUAUGUUUCGUGGAAGGAACUAUCGACAGCCAAAGAAUCUGAUACCUAUCAAUACUCUUACUAAAAGGAAGGCAUUAUUCAAAGCAAGAUUUGAGCAAGCUCUCGACUCUCAGAAGCUAAACAUCAAAAAAAUAGAACAGCAGCUCCGCCGCAAGGGAGUCAACCCAGAGGAUCCUAUCGCCAUGGCGAGCAUCCAAAGAGUAGCUUCUACAUUCUUCAGGGCCAUUGAUGAGAAACAAGGGACUCCUUAUGUCUUCAGAGGUGACAGAAAACCAACAGCUGCAGAUGAUUCAAAGGAGGGGGCUCUUGAUGGCCAAAUACAAGAUGAUCUUUCUCCUGAGGAUAGUGACCAAGAGGAGCUCGACCGCUUCAUUGCAGAGAUAGAGGAUGCAGCUGAUCAAGAAUGGGCGGCAGAGGAAGCUGCGGAGAAAGAGGAGGUUACUAAGAUUCGGUAUUGGGACAAAGAAGAUGCAGGAAUGAAUAGGGGAAGGAAUCCUCGUUGGAGGAGUGAAUACUCUGAAGAGGACCGUCAUAGUAGCCGUGGGAAUAAGCAGAGAGCAACAAAUAUAAGAAAAUGGGACAGUGGUGAUGAUAUCUCAGGAGAAUCAGAGGAGGAUUCUGGUGAUGAAUCAGAUGAAGAUGUUCACAUUCAAUUGGCAAGCACCCAAUCGAACAAGGAUGAUACUUUUAAAAGGCAAAAUCGGGAUAAAUUGAAUAAAGUGAGGGAUGAAUCUGAUAGUGAAAUAUUUGGUGGUUCAGAGGGUGAUGGGUUGUGGGAAUCCGAGGAUGAGAAAGAUCAACAGAAGGCGCCUAAGCUCGAUAACUACAAUUACCAUAGCGGUAGCGAAUUCAGCGAUGAAGAAGAAUUUGGCGCUGGAGGUAAGAGUAGAAGUAUGGUGGACAAAUCUAAGAAGAAAGAUACUGAUGAAAAUUGGGACAGCGAUUAGAUAUUUAUAAUUGCGAAUAUCGUGUAAAUGGAAUAUUUUUGAAAACGGGAGAGGCUUCUGCAGCCUACAUUCCUUUUUUUUAAGAAGGAAAUUAUUCUGUCUUUGUAACGACCAUAAAAAUUUCAGGGCUGUAAUUAUGUUCAUGGCCGCAUUGGCUUUGCUGCAGGAUAUGAUGCGUGAAAAUCUUGGAAUAGAGAGAACUGAUACUGUAGAAUGUGUCUUGUGAUCA